AUGUCUGUGGAAACCACUUCCCACGACCACAGUGAGGUCAUCGACGCUCCUCCAGAUCUACCAGCAGGAUGGAUGUACAAACAGCGUCGAAUUUUCGGCCUCAACAUCCCCUGGUAUGCCUCGCCUAGCGUCCAGUUGUUGUUGGUGGCAUUUGUCUGCUUCAUGUGCCCCGGAAUGUUCAACGCACUCGGGGGCUUAGGCGGUGGUGGAAAGACGGAUGCGACUUUGGCAGACAACAUGAACACGGCUCUUUACAGUGCUUUCGCAGUCUUUGGCUUCUUUGGUGGCACGUUUAUCAACAAGCUCGGCGUAAGAUGGACUCUCGCUUUUGGGGGAAUUGGAUAUUGCAUCUACGCCAUCAGCUUGCUGGUCUCGGUCCACGCCAGCGUUGCCGGCUUCAAUCUCUUUGCCGGUACCUGGCUUGGUAUUUGUGCCGGUCUUCUGUGGACUGCUCAGGGUACCAUCAUGAUCUCCUACCCUACUGAGGAACAGAAGGGACGGUAUUUUGCUUGGUUCUGGGGUAUAUUCAACAUGGGUGCUGUUAUUGGCAGCUUGAUUCCCCUCGGAGAAAAUAUCCAUGUCAAGACAAACUCUACCGUUUCCGACGGUACUUACAUCGGGUUUAUCGUCUUGAUGUUUAUCGGUGCAAUCCUCGCUCUCUGCCUCUGCAACGCUAGCGACAUUAUUCGACCCGAUGGCAGCCGUGUCAUCUUGAUGAAGCAUCCUAGCUGGCAGUCCGAGCUGUACGGCCUCUGGGAAACCCUCCGCUUCGAGCCGUUUGUUGUCCUCCUUUUCCCCAUGUUCUUCUCUUCAAACUGGUUCUACGUCUACCAGCAGAACGCGGUUAACGGCGCUCACUUCGAUACCCGAACCAAGGCUCUUAACAGUCUUCUGUACUUCUUGGCUCAGAUCAUUGCAGCUGCCAUCUGGGGAUACCUUCUCGACGUCCAAGGCGUCCGUCGUUCCGUCCGAGCGAAGAUUACCUGGGUCGUUCUCGUCAUCCUCACCUUUGCCAUCUGGGGCGGUGGAUACGCCUAUGAGAAGACAUAUACUCGCGAAACCGUCAAUCCCAAGCUCAACCCCAAUUUUGUCCCAACUGACUGGGAGACUCCCGGCUAUGUGGGCCCAAUGUUUCUGUACCUCUUCUACGGCUUCUACGAUGCCGCUUGGCAAGCUAGCGUCUACUGGUUCAUGGGCGCCCUCUCCAACUCCGGUCGGCGCUCUGCCAACUACGUCGGCUUCUACAAGGGUAUUCAGUCCUGCGGUGCGGCUAUUGUGAACAACCUUGAUUCGCGCAAGCUCUCGUACAAGAAGGAAUUCAUCAGCAACUGGGUUCUCCUCGCCGUCUCCCUCGUGUUCGCCGCCCCCGUCAUCUUCCUCAAGAUCCGUGAUCACAUUGAUGUUCAUGAUGAUCUUGCGGGCACGGACGAGACCAUAGCAGAUGUGCUCCCUGCUAACCAUCCCGAGAAGGCUGUGGCUUAG